GCAAUGUCAAAAGACCAACCAGAUUGGCCAGAACCUAUUGUUCGGGUUCAGUCUUUAUCCGAAAGCUGCUUCGAUUCAAUCCCCGAAAGGUACAUCAAGCCCUCUACCGAUAGACCAUCAUCCGGAAGCUCUGAUUUUGAUGAUGCCAACAACAUCCCCAUCAUCGACCUCGGAGGUCUCGGUGGCGUCGACCAACAUGUCUCAUCCUCAAUUCUUAAGCAAAUCUCAGACGCUUGCAAGGAGUGGGGCUUCUUCCAAAUCACAAACCAUGGCGUCGAUCCCGAUUUGAUGGACAAGGUUAGGGAAACUUGGCGUCAAUUCUUUCACUUGCCCAUGGAGGUCAAGCAACAAUACGCAAACUCACCCAAAACUUACGAAGGCUAUGGAAGCAGACUUGGAAUCGAGAAAGGUGCUAUUCUUGAUUGGAGUGAUUACUAUUAUCUUCACUAUCUUCCCUUGGCUCUCAAGGACUGUAACAAAUGGCCGAACUUGCCUCCCCAAUGCAGGGAAGUGUUUGAUGAGUAUGGGAGAGAGUUAGUGAAGCUGUGUGGGAGGUUGAUGAAGGUUUUGUCGAUAAACCUUGGAUUAGACGAAAAGACUCUUCAAAAUGCUUUUGGGGGGGAAGACAUAGGGGCAUGUCUGAGAGUGAAUUUUUACCCUAAGUGUCCACGACCAGAGUUAACACUGGGUCUCUCAUCACACUCAGACCCUGGAGGAAUGACCAUGUUGCUUCCAGACGAUCAAGUUCCUGGUCUUCAAGUUCGAAAAUUCAACAAUUGGAUUACUGUGAAGCCUGCACGCCAUGCUUUCAUCGUUAAUAUUGGCGAUCAAAUUCAGGUACUGAGCAAUGCAAUUUACAAGAGUGUGGAACACAGAGUGAUAGUAAACUCAGAUAAGGAGAGAGUUUCUCUGGCUUUUUUCUACAACCCGAAAAGUGAUAUACGCAUAGAACCAAUAAAGGAGCUGGUAACAGUGAAUACACCUUCACUUUAUCCACCAAUGACCUUCGAUGAAUAUAGACUCUUCAUUAGAAUGAGAGGACCUCGAGGAAAAUCUCAAGUUGAAUCUCUAAAGUCUCCAAAAUGAUUCAUUCUUCACAUUCCAACUCUAUAUUUCCAAAUUUCCAAAUGUAAUAUACAAUAAUAAUAAUAAUAAUUAAUAAUAAUAAUUAGUUCGUACCAUGCUUGGUUAUAACUAUUUAAGAAAUAAUUUAUUACUUCUCAACUACUCCCAAACGUGCUACAAAAUCUAGUAAAGAGAUAGGUAUUUGUUUGCACAUUGAGGCCUUGAGCAUAGAUAUGAUGAAAUGGAGAUUGGACAUUUUGGUAUGAAAUUAUUUGGACAAGUUGUUUUCUUCUUUGGUUUACGAUGAUGUCGAAAAUUUGAUUGUGUCUAAAUAAAGCUGGGUUUUGUUUUGUCCCCACUUCUGAAUCGAUUAUU